AUGUCCAACAGUCACUCCGGCACGAUCGGCCGGAACCGCGGGCUGGCGUUCGGCAGCAGCCAGAUGAGGCGCCAGAGGUCCGUGGAGUGGUCGCACGAGCGCGCUGGCUACAGCAGCAGCGACGACGACGAGCGGAUGGCCAGGAACUCCAUCGGGCCGACGGUGGACAGCAACUUCCUCGCCACCCUGAUAGCACAAACUCAGCAAUUGCGAAAACUUUUGCCUGAAUCUGGACGACCUUAUGACUGUGAUACAGACGAUGUAAUUAAUUCUCCCAACACUGCCAAUCGUCAAUCUCCCCUGCAACUGCGCCAAGCGUCCCCCUUUCCCCACGAGGCGACAAAUUCGCGCCGAAAACACUACGCCACGCCACACGAGCGCCUCAGGAGCAACGGGGAGCUGCUCUUCUCCAACUCCUCCAAGGCGAUCCUGCUGCCGGGAGGCGCCAUCAGGAGCAGCCGUGGGAUGACGUCGUCCAGCAGCGCCACGUCCUCCGUGAGCAACCACAAUGAGCGAUCAGCGCAACAGGAGCGAGACAUCCCGGAAAGUGUAAUGAAAUCGACCAAUUCCAAGCAGCACAUCACCGAGGAUCUGGACGCUCGCAAUGACGAGCCCCCACCUGAGCCGGCGCCCCCAGAAGUGCCCCCCAGAGGCCACUCGCUCCUCCAAUCGAUGUCCUCAAUGCGUAAGCGCUCCGAUUACCAAAUUCACAUACAGGAAAAUAACUGCGACCAGAAACACGAAGAAUUUAUCCCUCAGGAGAAGCAGCAAGGUGAGUUUGGCUUGUCUUUCAUCCCCUUCGCAGUCGGGAGAAAUAUGUAAAAUA